UUUUUUUUAAUACACAAGCACAGCACGCAGAGCUUUCCGUGGUGAGUGAAUUCCUAAAAAAUAAUACAAUUAGCUCUGUUUCUGAGGAUAUUUUUCUUAAUUUCCGAGAAGUCAUUGGAGGAAAUGAAUUACAAACAGGAAGCAUUUUGGAAGGUGUUGGAGGAGGACAUUGGUGAUCUUUCUAUUUAUCACAAGUAUGAGGCGAGUGAGUCGUUUUUACCCUAUCUGAGUGAUGAUAAUGUGAUGGUUGAGCGAAUUAAGAGACAAGCAACGCCAGACCAAAAGACUACGUCAGCUGAAACGGCUACAACGAAAACCACCGCAAUAAAUGCCACAAGUACAGAAACUACCAAUUCCAGCUCCACUGAGGCCACUGUAACUGUGGAUCCUGUUCUCAAGGAUUCCAGUCAACAACUUUUAGGUGUCAAUGGAACUGGUCAGAGGAAAGUGUAUCCUACCACACCACUUCCAACAAAAGUUUCCGAUCCCAUCAACAUCAACACACCUCAGGAUUCAAAUGCUUCUGGCAAUCAGAGCUUGAAUAAAUUCUUAGGUUCUGAGAUAAGUGGAGAAGAUGAUAUUACUGUGGACAAUAUUGACAAAUUCGAUGUAGACAUGAAUAAGACUCUCUUGGAACACAAUAUUACGCAAUUCAAGGAGGAAUAUCAUGUUUACUACAACAGUACAGUAAUUGAAGAUCCUGAUAUGGCUAAUAAAAUUAUGGCAACAUUUGGAAAUCUAACAGUCAGCACACUCCUUUCAAAGUCUCACAGAAGAGCCAUGACGGUUCAGCUGAAGUUUGACUUUCCCUUCUAUGGAAAUCCACUGAGAAAUAUCACAAUUGCAACUGGAGGAUUUCUCUACACUGGAGAAUAUGUUCAUUCUUGGUUAGCAGCUACUCAGUAUAUUGCACCAUUGAUGGCUAACUUUGAUUCCCGCAUGUCGGAUAAGUCGUUCGUGAAGUAUUUGGAUAACGGAACGGCAUUUACUGUGCUUUGGGAAAAUAUAUAUCUUCAGGAUCAUCCAACAGAGAUGCCAUUCACCUUCAGUGCCUCACUCCAUAAGACUGGAGACAUUGUGUUUGCAUAUUAUUCAGUACCGAUGCCAAUUGAAGCGAUCCGAGAUGAAAAGCAUCCCGUCAAAGUGGGCCUCUCAGACGCAUACAUCAGCGACAAGACAAUAUUCUUUGCGAGGAGAAAGACAAUUUAUGAGUAUCAUCGAGUGAGUUUUGCGAGCGAUGAUAUCAAGAAUGGCACGGUUAUCUUUCUCAGUGCACAACCAACUUGUCUCUCAUACACUGAUUGUGUUUCGUGCUUGACAAAAUUGAGUUCAUUCAAGUGCUAUUGGUGUCCAACUGUCAACCGGUGCUCGACGGGCACGGAUCGUCAGCGACACGAUUGGGUGCAAAAGGGAUGUGAAAAAGUGCAAAUUGUGGAUCAAUUCAAGUGUCCAGCGAUUGGGGAGAAGGGCAAUAAUGCCGGAAGUGGAAGUGAUAGUAGCGAAGGUGGUGAAAAAUCGUGGCAUUCAGAUUCGGGUGCUAGGGAUACAGAAGAAGAACAUAGAGGGAAUCCAAUGGGUAGCGAUGAAAGUCGAGAUGUAUCCCGAAGUGGUAGUGAUAUGGUAUCCAAACAACUUAUAACGAGAGAUUCGGCAGAUAGUGGGACAGGACAUAGUGCUGGCGUUGGAACUGUUUUAGGGUUCCUUAUUCCAGUAGUCCUCAUUCUGUCCGGAGUCCUUUGGGUGUUCUAUGCCUAUCGCAAUCCACAUACCAAGAGUGGACAAUUUUUAAUACAGUACCGUCCGAGUCAGUGGUCAUGGAGACGGGGAGAAGCUCGUUAUACAGCUGCAACAAUUCAUAUGUAGAAGAUGCAACUCUGGGAUAAUUUGAAUGUUUUUUUUUGGUCUUUUCUAAAUGCCCAGAGAAGGAUUCUCCAAGAGUUAUUGAAUAUGUUUAGUGUGUGUUUGAGAAAAGUAAAGUGGGAAUUAUACAGCAGUCGAUGGACCGUAGAGAAAUGCACCUAUUUUUAUUAGUUAAUGAUGCAAGAAAGGAUGAGAAUGUCUCCUCCAGGGAAAUAAACACAACGACAAGAGGAAUGAAGAAAAAAAAAAUGAAACAAAGUGCUUAUUGUAUUUAUUAUAAGGGAUAUUAUUGCGAGAAAGGAGAGGACAAUUUGCUAUAGAAAUUUUAACUAUGAUUUUACCACAUAUUGAACGUCAUUGUAGUUGGAUAGGGUGAAAAUGUAGAGAGGAAAAAGAAAUUUAAAAAAAAGAAAAACAAAUAAAAAUGAUUUUUUGUUUUUGCAAGAAAAUGAUCAUUGCAGCUGUGAAUUGUAGAUAAGAAGAUAACAAAUAACGGGAAGAAAAAUACGAUAAAAAAAUCUUUUUAAUCUUUUAUUAUACUCUAUAAUUAUUAAAUAAUUUUUAUUAUCUAAUUUUAAUUAAUAUAAUUUUAUUUGUAUAGUCAAAAAGAUAAAACAAAAAGUGAACAUACUGUCUUGAAAUUCUCUUUCUGUAAUCAUUCUUUUAUUUUCCCAUUUUGUAUGAUGAACAAGAAAAAAAAUGUAGAUGCACUUUAUUUGGUGGAAAAUUCGCAUUAGGAUAGAUAAGGAAAAAUUGUUAGUCAUUUUAUGUGCACCUAAUAUCUCAAGUUCUCCAAUUCUUAAGGUAUAAUACAAAUGAUCAUUCAGUUUCAUCACCAUAGUAAGGGUAAAAAAAAAAAAACAUUAAAGCAUUACAUACUAAG